AUGGCGCCGCCGCCUCACUCACCCGCUCCGGUUCCCCCUCCAGUACCUGUCGAGACACACCCGAACAGAGCUGGUGGGCUGAAGCCUCCUCCGCAGCAGCGAGUUCCUCCAGAUCCCACACGCCUUGCUCCUGAACAUGCAUACUAUGCCAAUUCUCCUCCGCGGGUAUGGUCAGAGACUGAUAACCAGUCCGUACACCUACGACCCAUCGACAAUGUCGUCUCCACACCUGCUGCGGUUGCCGCCCUGAGGCCACCUCCUGCAGUGCCCGGUACCGAGCCGAAGAAAAGCGAGGCGCGCAAGGCCAGAGGAUCCGGUCGGCGAAAAAAGCGUAAGGGGCAAUGGAAAAAGCUCCUAUGGGUUCGGCAGUCGUUGCAGGGGAGAGUAAGUCCGGUAUCUGUUGUUGGCUGGGGCAGUAUCGGCACGGUCUUAGGAUGGAUACUCUGGGAUUUUUGGGUCUGGAAAGAACAGGAAGAGGCCAUGAAGGCUGCCCAUGCCGCAGAGGGAGCAAAUGAAGUCGAUGACGGCUCCAGCUCAAGCUCGACGACGAGCUCCUCCAAUCCAACCGCCGCUGGCUCACAGCAGAACGGCAACGGGGGAAACGUUCAUGGUCUCGGUUUAAACCUGUCUCGUACGAACUCUGAUGGUCAAAUGCGACGUCAGAACACUGGUCUUAGCGGCGUGUCCGCCACUUCGACACAGUCUGGAAACCCUGCAACUCCAGUUGCUAACUCUGGCACGAACCCGUAUCAUCCAUCGAACGAGAACAAAAAGCCUCUACUGUCGUCACGCAAUCGCCAACGACUUGCAACGAUCAAAUCUGCGCUCUUGAUAUAUUGCGCAUUACUUGGUCUCAGCCCUAUCUUGAAGUCUCUGACAAAAUCCACCGCCAGUGACUCUAUUUGGGCAAUGAGUUGCUGGCUGAUGAUCAUUAAUAUCUUUUCCUUUGACUAUGGCACCGGGGAAGGCGCCGGUGCCACGAAGUUUCCUGCAUCACUAUCUACCAAUGCCGCGUUGAUGGCUUCGACGGUGCUGGCAUCUCGUCUUCCGUCAACGACGCACGUGUUUAGUCUCACCCUUUUCUCGAUCGAGGUAUUUGGUCUGUUCCCGUUUUUCGGCGUCACCUGCGCCGUGUUUCCUGGACAGGCCACCUUCUCCUCACCUUUGCCUUGGUUUUAG